CUCCCUUCAAGUGUAAUUUGCCCAACCUACACUCCUCACAUUUCGCCCCUUCCCCCCUCCCCCCGUGCCAAUGUUGUAACGACGUGACAGCGCCGCCAAAGCCCGCUUCAACAUUGAUUCUGGGGUGGGGCGACUUUUGACGUAAAAGGUGUUUCUUUUAUCAAAGGAAGUACGGAUCUUGUUUUGAAAACGUCCGAUUCGCAAAAAUGUCUCAACACGUUUGUCUCUGAUUGUGGAUCUUCGCGACCCAAGACUCAAGUAUUGGUCGCCUGCUGUUGCCUCAAGCAUUGGAUGGAGUGAACACCACACGAGUAAAGUUCAUGUUAGUUAUGGAAUGAUGAGCUCAGUUCCGAGCAGAUGAAAAGUUCUGAUGUGUCAAAACUCGCUCCUCGGCAGCGAUUCGCAGACGUUUUGUUGGCAGGCACUGAGAGAUCGUAGACUAGGAGUACUUAACCAUUGGUAGAAAGAACCCGGUUAGAGUUCCUUUGAAUACGACUUUGCCAAAAUCAGACAGACUGGAAGUAGAAACAGACUGGAAGCAGGUGAAACGUGCAAAUGAUACAGAAACAGAAGUGACGGAAAUUUACAGUUUUACGGAGUUCCUUACUUUAACUAGAAAUCCUCGAGCAUUCACAGAAAAAAUGGGCUUUCAUUGGAAAUUCUGGGUAUUAGAGCUAAAGGUUUUUGCAUCCUAGGGUUUGGAAUUAAAGUUCAGCUCAUGUAAAGGUUAAGGGCUUGAAGUAGCCGUUGAGUUUAUAUUUUGCUUCAUUGCAGACAUCUGUUUGAUGUGGCGCAGUAUUCUCCCGUUCACUCCGCUAAAUGUAUGCAGCAGAUUGUAAAGGAUAUACACAAACAGUUCACAGAGAAUCGAGAGAGACAAGGCGGGAAAGGAAUGUUCCUGGGUCUUCCUGAGUUGCUGUACCUUCGGAUCGUAUCCAUGUUGUUUUCCACAUCAGACUUCAAACACUCUGUUUGUACGCCAGCUAUGGUCCUGUUAUCUCAGGUUUUGGCACAGAGCCCAGUACGAUGCAUGAGAGACGUGUUCAGAGGUCUUUUCCUCUGUGACCUGUUCCUUGAGUACGUAGCUUUAUCAAAGCGAUUCGUCCCUGAAGCCGUCAAUUUUUUAGGUGGAAUUUUGUUCUUGGCUUCCAAGAAAGAGAUCUUUGACUCACUAAAGCAAGGUCAACCAGUCUCAACGAGUAGUAAAAGCAGUGGUUGUACAACUUGGCUGAUGCUUCACCCUGUUACUGUCAAACCUUUACCGCUGACAACGACCCUCGGAGAGAGCACACAAGAUGAACUGACGAGUGACGAAAUAAGGGUUGACUCUCUAAGCCAUUGCCUUUCUACCUUGGACCGAUUUGUUCACUUGUACCAAGACGUGCCGGCUAGUUUUGAGGUUUUUGCUCCAGUGAAAGAACAUUUACAAAGAAUACCGGUGGAACUUUAUCCUGCUUCUGUUAAGGAACUUCACAGUGGUCUUCUGACGACAAUAAAUGAUCUCCAUGACAAGAGCUUGACUCGAAAACAUCUCACGUUGCAAGCACGCAGACCGGAAGCUAUCAAGACAUUUGAACCCAAGUUUGAAGAUCAUUAUGAAGUCCGAUCAAGGAGAGGAACGGGAAAUAAAACAGCGAACGAAAGGCAGAAACUAAGAUACAAGUACAAGAAGGAAUUCAAGGGUGCUCUUCGAGAAAUCAGAAAGGAUAACCAGUUCCUCGCGAAACAAAAGCUAAAAGAACAGUUAGAGAAGGACGCAGAGCGCAUGCGUAAAGUGAAGGAAAUAGAGCAUAUGUUAUCCAAUCAGCAAGCAGAAACGAACGCUCUGAACAGAAAGAAAAGGAAACUGGGAAAGUAG